CGUCCCGUUUUGCUUCGCGCCGCGCGGUCAGCCGAAGACACAGCGACAUGGCGGAGAGAUCCUGGCCGUCUGGAUGUGACUGGUAGUCGGGUAAAACCCUCCGACGACUCCCCGCUGCUGAGUCGUUGUGUGUUUCCAGAGAGGAGGAGGAUGGAGGGACAGAAAGAGACGGCCGAGGAGAAAGAGGAGGAGGAAGAGCUUCAUCAUCAUCAUCAUCAUCAUCAUCAUCAUCACAUCGCAGCAGCAGCAGCAGCAGCAGUGGCUUCCUCUGUGGACUACCAGGGCCUUCCCAUCAUGCACUGGGAGGACCUAAGCCAGCACAUAGCCGAGUUGGAGAAACAGGAGCAGGAGAGGAGGGAAAGGUCAAAGAGUGGGACGGGGGGAGGCAUGGAGGACAGUCGGGGGGGAGAGUGGACAGACCUCUGGGAGGAAGAGGAGGAGGAGGAACACUUCAGGAAGUGUCGAGUCGCUGUCGUCACGUCACGUUUGGUGUGUGUUUACAGACUGCACAACCACCGAAAGCUGCAGCUGUGCUUCGUCAACGACAGUGACAGCGAAGAAGAAGAGGAGGAGGAAGGAAGCAACAAUAAGAGAAAGGUUUCCAUGGGAACGGGGCGCAAUGGUUGCCAUGUCGCCGGGCUAAAACAGGAAGUGGCCACCGCUCUGAGGACGCUGAGAGACAAACUAUUGGCUGAGCAGAGGGAGAGUGAGCGUCCGGCCGGCAGCAGCCGAUUGGCCGAGCGGAAACAUCUGGAGCGCCGGGAGCUACUGGAGAGAUCAGUGCAGCAGCUCAGCAGCAUGAGAGCUUCACUGCAACAGGCAGUCCAUGCUCUGAGCUCCGAGCUGGUGACCCACCUGUUGGUCCGAGACCAGCUGAGGACCAAGCAGGACGCCAUGCUGCUGGACGUCCAGGACCUGACAUAACACCAGGACCAGACCUACACCAGGACCAGACAUAACACCAGGACAAGACAUAACACCAGGACCAGACCUACACUAGGACCAGACCUACACCAGGACCAGACCUACACUAGGACCUGACCUACACCAGGACCUGACAUAACACCAGGACCUGACAUAACACCAGGACCAGACCUACACCAGGACCUGACAUAACACCAGGACCUGACAUAACACCAGGACCUGACAUAACACCAGGACCUGACCUACACCAGGACCAGACCUAUAACACCAGCACCAGACCUAUAACACCAGCACCAGACCUAUAACACCAGGACCAGACCUACACCAGGACCAGACCUACACCAGGACCAGACCUAUAACACCAGCACCAGACCUAUAACACCAGCAC